AAUGUAGUAUCCUCUGCUUAUGAAAACCCUAGUUCAGGAGUCUUUGCUUUCGGACCUCAUUAUCAACUGUUCUCUAGUACUCCACAAUUUGGGUCAAUUCCUGCUUCCUCGUCUACUGGUUCGUCAAUUUAUAUUGGCAAACCCACCGUUUAUGCUUAUACAUCUUGCCUCUCUCAAACUUCGCCAUUAUCUUUCUCAUUACCUGUCUCACAAUCUUCUGUCACAGUAACUACGGUACCUGUUUCCUCCUUUGGUUCAAUGCUUCCUAGCACAUCAACAAGAAGUCCAAUUCCUAGUGCCUCUUCAUCCGCAGUAACGAAUGCUAACGACUCCUCACAAUCUCUGGCUUCAUGUGCGAGUUAUGCCCUAGAUGAAGCACCAACCUCUACUGCAUCAGCGGCUUCAGACUUUCAACCAACAUUAAUGCCGGAAGAGCAACAAAUGCAAAUAGUUGAAGAAGGAAAGAGAGAAACAGAACCUGAUCCUAUAUCAAGCCAGACUGCAAUUUCAAUCAAUGAAUCAGCAGUUCCAGAUUUUGGUACCCUAAAUUCAGUUGAAACCUUGGGAAAAGAGGUUAAAGAAAUGCAAAAGUCUGCUGCAGGAGGCAAUUGUAUGGAAUUCAAUUUCUUAACUAACAGUUCAAAAGUUCUGAGGGACAUACCGCAGAGUCCGCACUUCCAUUCACUGCAGGCCUACCCAGGUAGGGUUCGUAAGAAUUUGAUUUCUGGAUGGGAUCAAACAUUUGAAGAGACAUACGACCAAAUCCAGAGCUUAAAAGCCACCGAUUUCUGGAUUAGCAAGGAUGAACUACAGUUGACACUGGACGAGUUGGAGAGUAUGGGUUACAAUAUAGGUCGCUUGAGAAAGCGGUUGGAUGAACUUACAAAUGUAAUGGAGAAGCGUGAGUCUGCCUUAUUUGCAAUGUGGAGUUUAAGGACCAAAAUGGAAAGUCACAAGAGGAAGAAGCAGAAGCUGGAGGGCAAGAUUUAUAAAUUGCAGAUGCAGGCAGAGAAAGAGCAGGCCAAUAUCAAUGGUCUGACGGAUGAAGUUGCAAAGCUAGAAGAAAGCCUACCCGUAGUUGAUUCCCGCUUUGAAAGCCUAGCUGAAUCACCAUUGUAGUUCUGGAACUUUAUUAUGGUGUCACUGUUACAUUUUGUGAUCUGACAAUUGCAAAACUGUUUUUGAUUCCUUCCUUGCA